AUUCUCUCUUUCAAGUCCAACCCAAGACCUGUAAUUGGAGUUCAAUAAAAUAUAAAAAAGCGGUGAUGCUGAGUGAUCUAUGUUUGUGCCCAUGUUUUGGGUCCCAAAGCUCCGGCGAUACCGGGGCGGAUCGGGAUCCGGUCCUGCUUGUCUCCGGAAUGGGAGGAUCCAUUCUUCAUUCUAAAAAGAAGUUGUUUGGAAUUAAUAUCCAGACCCGGGUUUGGGUUCGGAUCCUCUUUUCUGAUUUGGAGUUUAGGAAGAAGCUCUGGUCUCUUUAUAAUCCUAAAACAGGUUAUACUGAAUCAUUGGAUGAUGACGUUGAAAUUUUGGUCCCUGAUGAUGAUCAUGGACUGUAUGCAAUUGAUAAAUUAGAUCCUUCUUUGGUGAUAAAAAUUUUACAUAUCACUGAUGUGUAUCAUUUUCAUGAUAUGAUUGAUAUGCUAGUUGGAUGUGGGUAUAAAAAAGGAACCACAUUAUUUGGAUAUGGUUAUGAUUUCCGGCAAAGCAAUAGGAUUGACAAGUUAAUGGAUGGUCUUAAAGUUAAGUUGGAAACUGCAUACAAGGCUUCUGGAGGCAGAAAAGUUAAUAUAAUCUCACAUUCGAUGGGAGGACUACUGGUGAUGUGUUUCAUAUCACUUCAUAAUGAAGUAUUUUCCAAGUAUGUAAAUAAAUGGAUUACCAUUGCAUGCCCGUUUCAAGUUGGUCGAGUGUCCAUCGGUGUAUGAGAUGUUGCCAAAUCCAUAUUUUAGUUGGAAAAUGCAACCACAAAUUAACGUCUGGCGAGGGAGUUAUGAAGAUGGGGAACCUUCUGUGAAACUGGAGUCGUACAGCCCAACUGAAAGCAUCAGUUUAUUCAAAGAAGCAUUAAGGCAUAAUGAGUUAGAUUAUAAUGGGAAUACAAUAGCUCUACCUUUCAACUUCUCUGUUCUCAAUUGGGCUGUUGGAACUCGCAAGCUUAUCAACAAUGCUAAACUACCAAGUGGGAUCUGCUUCUACAACAUUUACGGGACGUCGUUCGACACGCCGUUUGAUG